GAUAAGUCAGUUAGUGACUCGAAACCAUUACAUGACCGCGUCUUGUAUCGCUUUGGUAAAUGUAAAAUAAUGGCACAAAACUAGACUAUAAUGGCCCUUAUUAUUAAAAAUUGUUUACAUAGCUUAAGGAACGUGAAUAAAGUUCAACAGUUUAUAGUAUUCAGUAGGUAUACUCGAAAAUGGAGUCGAGUCAACAAUAUUUAUAUAGAGCAGAGAACUAACGCAAAAUUCACAUCACAUCACAGAUGGAUACAUGUUACUAAUGCAGCAAACAAGAUUGUCGCAUUUAAACUAUCUGACAUUGGAGAAGGAAUACGAGAAGUAGUUAUUAAAGAAUGGUUUGUCAAAGUUGGUGAUAAAGUGCAACAAUUCGAUAACAUUUGUGAGGUGCAAAGUGACAAAGCCUCUGUUACAAUCACCAGUCGUUACGAUGGAGUUGUCACACGAUUAUAUAACCAAGUGGACGAGACUGCGAUGGUUGGUAACCCCCUGGUUGACAUCGAGAUGGAAGAUGCAACAGAAGAUUCGCAGACUCAAGAUCCCAUAAAGACAGUUGGAGAGACUAUAAAAACUUCAGACGCUAAUAAUUCCGUUAUUAAACAGGGAAAAGUACUCACAACUCCUUCUGUUAGAAGAAUUGCUUCCCAGUUUAAGGUAGAUCUGAGCACAGUGCAAGCUACUGGUCGAAAUGGAAGGUUACUCAAAGAGGAUUUGCUGGCAUAUCUUAACAUGACAUCUGACAAAUCAAAUGAAGUUCCUGAACCUGCAAAAAAAUCUAUUCCAAAGUAUACACCAACAAGAGAGUCAAAGUCAGAUGCUGUUACAGAAGAUAAAGUGGUUCCUGUUUCAGGAUUUACAAAAGCAAUGGUGAAAUCUAUGACAGAGGCCAUGAAAAUACCUCAUUUCGGAUUCUCUGACGAAUAUAACGUGACAAAGCUCGUGGAAUUAAGGGAAAGUUUGAAGCAAUUGGCUCGGGACAAAGGAGUUAAGCUGACAUACAUGCCAAUCAUCGUUAAGGCCGUGUCCUUAAGCCUCCACACCUAUCCUAUUCUUAACAGCAGUCUCGACAGUACUUACGAAAAUCUCAUCUACAAAAUUAGUCAUAACAUCGGGGUGGCAAUGGAUACCCCAAACGGUUUGGUGGUUCCAGUUAUAAAGAAUGUUCAAAAUAAAAGCAUAAUAGAAAUAUCUCAUGAUCUCAAUCAUUUUCAAGAGAAGGGUGCAAAGGGACAACUCGGACUCAGCGAUAUAUCCGGUGGCACAUUCACAAUUUCCAACAUAGGCAUUGUGGGAGGAACAUACACAAAACCAAUCAUUUUACCACCUCAAGUGUCAAUCGGCGCAUUAGGAAAAAUUCAGGUAUUACCAAGGUUUGACGAGGAAGGAAACGUUACCAAAGCCCAUAUUCUCACGGUCAGUUGGUCAGCGGACCAUAGAGUCAUAGAUGGAGUAACAAUGGCACGGUUUUCAAACCAAGUGAAAGAUUACUUAGAAAAUCCAAACAAACUUCUACUAGAUCUUUAAUCUUGAUAGAAUCACUGACAAGAUUUUGUUGAACCCAAACAUUGAAAUAAAACAAUUGUUAUUGAGA